UUUUUCGUGGAUUGUCUAGUACUUUAAAUGAGAUGACGCAAGAAGAAGCCUGCCGAGUGCCGGUCGAAGCUGAUUUUGACUUAAAUUUUGCUGAUUUGGUGCGCAAGUUUGGUAGUGAUGUUCCUGCUAUCAUCCAGUGGUGUCGUAAAUAUGGUCUUUUGGCUGAAAAUUUGCUGUGUAGUAUUUGCCAAGCUCAUUGCAAAGAGCAAAUUGGAAUUUCAUGUCGUGAUGGUGUACGCUGGCGGUGUUCAAACACCAAGUGCAGAAAGAUUUUUAACAUCCGAAAGGGAAGUUUUUUUGAGAAAUCGCAUCUAUCACUUUUUCAGAUAAUUGCCUUGGUAUAUUGGUGGUGUGCUGACUCCAGAAAAGGCCAUGGCUUAUCAAAUGAUAGACUAAUGACUGAGCUGCGGAUAGGCUCGUGCCAUACUGUCGUUGAUUGGCACCAGUUUUGUAGAGAUGUAACUGUUGAUUAUUUUGUGUGUCAUCCACAGCAAAUUGGCGGACCUGGAAUAGUGGUAGAAAUCGACAAAAUUCAAAUUCCAAAACGGAAAAACAAUGUUGGACGGAUCAUCCCACAAAAAUGGAUCCUCGGGGGGUACGAACGAGAAUCAAAACUUGGUUUCCUGGUCGAAGUUCCAAAACGCAAUUCAGCAACGCUUUUGCCCUUCAUUACUAAAUGGGUUGCACCUGGUUCUGUAGUAUGGGCUAAUAAGUGGAAGACGUACAAUCAACUCCAGCGACAAGUAGCGAAACAACAGGAUUCUGCAGAUGGUAUUGAGAACAAUUUAAUUAAGUUUGUCAAUCCAGAAAGUGGCAUCAGCAACGUUAAAGCUAUGUGGAAGAGAGUAAAGUCGAUGUUGAGACCAAUGGUAGGCCCAACACGCAAAGAGCACUUAACUGAUUACCUAUCAGAGUUCAUGUGGUAUCAACGUUUUCAGGACAAUACAUUCUUCCACUUCUGGACGCAAGUAGCAGAAAUUUAUGAUGUACAGAAUCCAUGAUCUGAUGUAUGCUGACAGUUGUCGAGAGUUUAGCCACUAAAAAAUUGGCUGCCACAAUGCUCAUCACUUUCCAAGUUGGCCAAGAAUGACAGACACCAUCUUGAGAGGCACAAGUUGUAAACCUUCUUGAACUUUAAUGCUUGGUAGCUAUGUUUUUAUGCACACAUUUUAUUUUAAUUUUAAUGAUGAAAAUAAGAAAAAGUAUGUAGUAGAAAGAAAUUUAAUUAUUAACAUGAUACAGUAAUUAACAUUUUAACAUCAUACUAAGAUUUUCAUGUUUGAAUUGUCAAUAUUUCUUUCGGAAUAAAAUCAUUAAAUUGCAUUA